UCCAUAUAAUUUUGGACAUCUUGGACAAAUCUUCAUCGGCAAUCGCCGUUCAAACAACUAAGACUGUCAUUAUUUCCGAAACAUUAAGUGUGCCAUUUUCCUAUACUCCAGUCAUACUAAACAUGUUUAUCGAACAAAUAUCACUGCUUCAGUAAGUGGCUUCCGCCAUAAUUUAUGGUAAACAGGCAAAUAAUGAAUCAUAGAGAGAAGCGGAUAUUCUGACGCGCUCGUUGAGUUAACGUUUUAGACGUUUCCGAGGAACAAACCAAUAAUGUUCAUUUUGAGUGUUGCUUACCUGACAUUUUACCUUCCGAACUCUCACGCGAAGUUGUUAUUGGAUAGUCUCCCUGUGUGUAUAAUAGAAGAGAAUUUGUUCUGGGAAGUGUACGAUAGGCAUUUCGAUGAAGUGAAUAAACUGAAAGUUAUCAUAUUGGGCAGUGCAAAUUUUUCGGCAGAUGUGCGUGAAUUUUCCAGUUACUUCCUGAGAGUGAUGUCAGGAAAGGAAAUAUUUUUUGCAGAUGUCAAAGUGAAAUAUCGCUAUAUCAAUCGAUCAAAAACACUUCCGCCCAUCAAUCUUAAUGGACCAGCCAUCGUUGAUAUGGAUAGAAACGUGAAAUAUUUCAGUGGUUCUCCAACAUACUGGCGAAGGGUCAAGUAUUAUUCAGCAGAUCCACAACAUGUAGUUAUCGUAAUCGUUUGGAAUGUAGAAGAUUUACGCCAGGCGUUGAUUGAAGAUCGCAAAUUCAUCAUACACCAUUCUAGGUCACUUUAUUCAAUUCUCUUUGUGUCAUCGGAACCUUUUGAAUGCCCUUUGUGGAAGUUCAAGAUUGGCGAUAUUCUGAAUAAAUUAUGGUAUCACUUUAAAACUUUGAAUGUUAUUGCUCAGACGCCUUGCUCCUGUGACCAGGACAAAAUUUUCCUACUGAAACCCUUCUAUCCAACUGGUCCAUCAAGCUGGGGGGGACUGGAUGUAUUUCCCAUGUCCACUGAUGAUCGGAGUAUACACCGUAUGUUGAAUUCAAUGAAACAUAUGUUUCAGUAUCCAAUGAAAGUUUCAAUAUUUGAAAGAUUGCCAACGGCUACGAGGAACCUUUCGAAGUUUAUGCAGCAGAACUUUAUUUACCAAAAUUUGAUUCACUCAGGUGGCUACUCUGGUGUCGAUGGUGCUAUGUUGGAAAAUUUUUCCAAGUUCAUGCAUUUCAAUCUGACAAUUGUUGGAUGUGACAGCAGGGAAUGCUUUGGAACUGUUUAUCCUAAUGGAACUGUAACUGGCAGCUUAGGAUUGGUCGCUUCAGACCGAGUUGAACUUUCUACGAAUGCACGAUUUCUGAAACACUAUAAUACAUCUAAAAUCGAAUUCACUUCAAUAACUUAUAGCGACCAAGUAUGCUUUAUUGUGCGAAAAGCUUCUAUUGUUCCUAGCUGGAUGUUCUUAUACAAAGCUUUCGAUUAUCCUUCGUGGUUAUGUAUUUUCUUCUUUCUGGUGGCUUGCAUAAUGUUCUCACUCCUGAUGAAAAUGCUGGGCGCCUUAUUAUUCGGAAAAUAUAUUAGUUUCAAGAUGAGAGUUAUUAUCCAUAUACUCCUUACACCUAACCAUCCAAAUCUGAAGAAAGGACAGGCAAUUUUUACAACAGUGUAUCUCAUGUACUCCGUUAUUUUCACUGGAAUUUUUCAGGCAGUUAUGGUGAAGCUAUUCUCAGUAGUAUCGAGAUUCCAGGAAAUUAACACAAUAGAGUCUUUGCUGGAUGAAAACUAUCAAAUCCUGAGUUCACUGGAUAUUUUCACAGAAGAUCAAAUGGAUAUCACCAAAAAGUUGAAUGAAAGAGUUCUCAGAGAGUUUGAAGAGAAAGCCCUCAUUAGAGUAGCCACAAGUAAUGAAAAUUAUGCGACACUAGAGAGGAAACGGGAUGCAGAAUAUGUCAUAGAAUCAUAUUACACAACUUCCGAAGAUGAACCUUUGUUGCAUAUAGUAGCUGAAUGUCCUGUUUCUUAUUUUAUGGCAUAUAUCGUUCCAGCUGAGUCCCCCUAUAGAAAAAGAUUCGAUCAUCUCAUUUCCGUUUUUAGGGAAGCUGGAUUGAUAGAGUAUUGGUAUGAUUUAAUGGUGGCCAAUCUCAUUCUUGAACAAAAAGUAAAGCAAAAUCGCGGUCGACGGGAGAAAACAAGACCUUUUUCUUUGGAAGAAGUUCAAUUUCCUUUCAUUAUUUUAGUGCUUGGUUUGAUGUUAUCGGCUUCCAUAUUCACAAUGGAGAUAUGCAUGAAGAAGAGACAUAUUAUAAAGAUUGUAUCAAUCAAUAAAUUAGCGAAUACUCAUUAAUAUUGUGUGAAUGUAUAAUUUUUAUUCUAAGGCAAUCUGAUGUUUCAACAGAAAUUGUA